AACAAUCAUGUUAUUAUUAUUCGUCGCGGUCCACAACAGAAUAAACCACCUUCCACCUUUUUUUGUUCUAUUUAACAGAGGACCAUGUCUUCAAGUCCAUCACCGUUGUCUCCCGUAGCGUUUGCAAUGUCUUCAGCUCCAGCGAGCACAGCUGCAUCAUCACCUCCACCCAGUGAAGAAGGGCAAUUAAAUAGAGCACACAAGAGUACGCGCGAGUCCUCAGAGAUGGUAGAAUCAAUAGAAGACGAGGAAUUCCAAGAACGCUUCUCCCGCCUCGAACGACUCCUCGAAAAGUCCUUCACGUAUUCCAAAUUACUAGGAGCGCAGAUGGACAAGGAAAAGCGUGCAUGCGCACUCCGAGCCGCCAUGCAAGCUGCCGCGCCCUCAAAAUCGGAGUCUUCAAGAAGGCGCCUUCCGAGACGUGGAAAGAAGCGCGUACGCGUAGAGGAGUCUGAUGAGGAGGAGGCGCCUCCUGUGAAACAAGAGAUUCAGGAACCUCCUACAUCUGAAGGGGAGAAUGGUCAGCGCCCGAAGUUCCCUCAGCCUGCAUUAGUCACAGGGACAACGUUAAAGGAUUAUCAACUGGAAGGAGUGGAAUGGAUGGUGAGUUUGGAUAAGAAUGGGGUUUCUGGUAUCCUUGCGGAUGAGAUGGGUCUAGGCAAGACCUUGCAAACGAUCGCAUUCAAUGCACACCUACGCGGCCUCGGUCAUUACCAACCUUUCCUUAUUGUCUGCCCUUUGAGCGUCCUGCAUAACUGGAUAGAGGAAUUCCACAAAUUUGCGCCUACUAUACCCGUUUGCAUGUAUCACGGUACUCCAGCUGAGCGUGCUGACCUUCGCCGGACCAUCAUGCGAGCACCGGACGCUUCAGAAGAAGUUACGAUCAAGACGCAACACAAACGAAAGGGAAAGGGGACGAAAGCACCGGCCCGUAAAGCUCCUACGCCGAAGCGUAAAAUAAAUGGCAGACUCACUAAGAGGCGCAAGAUAGAUGCGGAUGAUGAGGACAACUUACAGGCAGACGAUGUCGACGAAGAUACCUCAGACGUUGAAGACGACGUCCAUAUACCCACUACUAGCGAUACCCUCCCUCCACAGACUCUUGCUUCUUUCCCGGUCAUCGUCACCACCUACGAAAUGAUUCUCAAAGACCGUGUACAUCUUGCCACUUAUAAUUGGGGUUAUAUCGUCGUAGAUGAGGGCCAUAGGUUGAAAAAUCUCGACUGCAAGCUCAUGCAAGAGAUUAAGAAAUACCCGAGCGCAGGUCGGAUGAUUCUUACUGGAACACCACUACAUAAUAAUUUGGCAGAGUUGUGGUCUUUGCUGAACUUUAUACUACCUGAUAUUUUUGAUGAUCUGGAUACGUUCCAGGAAUGGUUCAACCUCGGAACCAUGCAAUCUCGCCUCUCUGAAGACCAAUCAUCUCAAUUGAUUGGCACCCUUCAUGGCAUCUUGAAACCUUUCCUCCUUCGACGACUGAAGGCGGACGUCGAGGGCCUCCCACCAAAGAAGGAAUAUGUUCUGUACGCUCCCCUAAGCAUGGGCCAACGCGACUUGUACGAUAACAUCCUGGAUGGGUCGUUACGAAACUUCCUCCUUGGCGUCUCCAAAGAAGUGGCAGUCGAGAAGGUCGCCGAGGUCGAUGUGGAUGCGCCGAUGCAGCUUCGGAAGCAGAAAAAGAGACAAUACAACCUUGACGGUGAUGAUGAUAAAUACUUUGAGAUGCUCGAGGACGGUGAAGUGGUCAAGGCUAAAGGGCCAAAGGAAGAUGUCUCUGAGCUGGGAAAACAGCACCAGCAGCUUGCGACUCGGAAGCAAAUUAAUAAUAUGAAACUUCAGAACGCCGUCAUGCAGCUACGCAAAGUAUGCUCGCAUCCGUUUUUGUUCAACUGGCCGGUCAUACCAGGGACUCAAGAGCUCGUGCUCGAUGACCAGCUGGUAAACGCGAGCGGAAAGAUGAUGAUCCUCGAUCGUCUACUAGACGAACUAUUUCGCAGAAAACACAAGGUCUUGCUCUUCAGCCAAUUUACCACCAUGUUAGACGUCCUCGAGGACUGGGCUACAGAAUUGAAGGGCUGGUCGAUAUGUCGCAUCGACGGAUCAACAGCGCCUCUGGACCGUCGCGAACAGAUGAACAAGUUCCAGCAAGGAGGCGACUCUCAUGAUGCUCCGAAGUUGUUCCUCCUUAGCACUCGCGCAGGCGGCCUAGGCAUCAAUUUGACAGCUGCCGACACGGUGAUCUUUUACGAUCAGGAUUGGAACCCGCAGAUGGAUAUUCAAGCUCAAGACCGAGCGCAUCGUAUCGGCCAGACAAAACCCGUUUUAGUGUUCCGACUUGUUACGGCGCAUACUAUUGAGACGAGGAUCAUGCAUCGUGCGACGGAGAAGAGGAAACUUGAGGCGCUGGUUAUAGCCAAGGGCAAAUUUAAACUCCCCGGACAAUCAGGAGGACCCCCAAAAUCAAACGCACAAUCAAUCACGGAGCUCACAGCUGAUCUCUUAAAGCUAGAAGGCGAACAGAUCGACGUGGUGACGAAUACCUCUGCGGAGGGUAAAAAGCGGGUAUUGUCAGACGAAGACCUCGACAUGUUACUUGACCGGAGUGAAGCUGUGUUUACGAAUAGGAAGAAGGGAUGGAAGAGUGAGGAAGAUGGGGCUGGGAAGCGUGCGGCAUUUGCUGUAUAUGAGGCGCCUGUGCAUCAGGGGAAUGAGCUGGUGGCGAAGAUUAUGGGGGAGGAUGUUUCUGAGUGAGUGUUUAGCUGGGUGGUGGUUGAGGAUAUGCAAAUAUUGUGCAUUUGGAUUACUACGGUUGAUAAUUGCGCUGUAAGGCUGUACAUGGACGCUUAACUCGUCGUAGAUCAUCGAUCAUCAAUUAAAUGCUUGUUUCGUGUAUAAUCUAUAAUGAUAUCAUGGGCAAUGCCCCCACC